AUGUCAACUCUCCUCCACCAGCCCAACUGGGUUAAUGGCGCCUACCAAUCGGCUUCAGAAGAGCGGAUCCACGUUAUCAACCCCGCAACCGAAUCUGCAAUCGCAACAAUAGACUCUACGCCGCUUCAGACGGUCAACUCUAUCAUCUCAUCCUCGUUGGACAAUUUCUCGAGUGGCAUCUGGAGCAAGGUGGAUGCCUCAACUCGGUUCAAUGUUCUAUCCAAAGCCGCAACUCUGCUCCGUUUGCGUCUUCCCGAGUUCAUCGAUCUAGAAACUCAACAAACAGGUCGGCCCAUCCGUGAGAUGAAAGCGCAGCUCUCUCGAGUCCCAGAAUGGCUAGAAUACUUUGCCUCAUUGGCACGAACCCACGAAGGACGCGUAACCCCUUUUAAAGGGCCCGUGGUAAACACCCUCAUACGUCUACCUUUGGGGGUUGUCGUUCAAAUAACCCCUUGGAAUCACCCACUCUUGAUAGCGACGAAGAAGAUCGCCGCCGCACUCGCAGCCGGAAACUCUGUUAUUGUCAAACCAUCGGAAUCUGCUCCGUUGUCUGUGCUAAAGAUGGGCCAGCUAUUUCAAGAAGCGGGCUUGCCUGAUGGGACUUUGCAAAUUGUGUCUGGGUACGGGCGAGAGACAGGCAAAUUCCUCUGCGAGUCUUCACUGAUUUCCAAGAUUGAUCUAACGGGUGGCUUGGCGACUUAUGCUGCAAUCGCGCCAACUGCAAGCAAACAUCUCAUUCCAAUCAUAGCUGAGUUGGGAGGUAAAGCGCCAGUGUGCAUGUUCCCCAGUAUAUCGGUUGAGAAGGGGGUGAAGGCGGCUUUGUUUGCCAGUUUUAUUGCAAGUGGGCAGACUUGCGUGACCGGCAGUCGGCUGCUGAUACACUCUGAUAUAUAUGAUGAGUUUGUCGACUUACUAGUACGGAGGACGAAGAACCUGAGGGUUGGUGCUCCAACCGAUGAGAAGACUCAAAUUGGUGCUGUUAUCUCACGUGCAAGCGUAGAGAGAUGCUCAGCGUUUGUCUCACAAUCAAUCGAUGAGGGCGGCAAAGUUCUCUGCGGCGGGAGCCCCACCAGCGUAGACGGCAAGGGGUAUUUCUUCCAGCCAACUCUGGUUGAGACGAAAGCCUCGAGCAAUCUUGCAUGCAAUGAAGUUUUUGGCCCUGUCAUAGCUCUUGUCAGAUGUGAAUCUGAAGAGGAGAUAGUCAAGGUUGCCAAUGCAACUUCUUUUGCGUUGGGCGCAUCGGUGUGGACGAAUGACUUCAGCCAGGCACAUCGUGUAGCUGAAAACAUAGACUCUGGCAUAGUCUGGAUCAAUGGACACCAUCUAAACGAUCCCUCCUCUCCCUGGGGCGGAUUCAAGGAGAGUGGGUUGGGUAAAGAGAAUGGUAUUGAAGCUUUUGAGAGCUAUACGAAAGUGAAGAGUACAAUCAUCAACUAUGGACAAGAGCCGACGUGGUUCGAUGAUGAGGUGGAAAAUGCACGUCCUCGUCUAUCGCCAAACACAAAUCAGUGA